CUCCACCUUUCUGUUUAUGAGCUCCUGACAGGCACCUGACUACAGUACUGUAGCCAUAACUUUAGUCCUAUAUAAGACCUCACUGAAGCAGCUCUGUAUCACUAGCAGGUGUUUGUACUGCAGUCUUCUCCACACACACACUGACGUCAAAGCAGUCAAGAUGAAGUUGCUGCUAUGUGCUGCUGCUGUUCUGGUUGUGGCCAACUGUGCCAGCAUCUCUCUGGAAGACCUUGAGUUUCAUGCCUGGAAGCUGAAGUUUGAAAGGUCCUACAGCUCUCCAUCAGAGGAGGCUCAUCGCAAGCAAAUCUGGCUCAACAACCGCAAAAUGGUGCUGGUGCACAACAUGAUGGCAGACCAGGGAAUCAAAUCUUACCGGCUUGGCAUGACCUUCUUUGCUGACAUGGAAAAUGAAGAGUACAAGCACCUGAUUUCUAGGGGUUGUCUGGGCUCCUUCAAUGCCUCUUUGCCUCGCCGUGGCUCUGCCUUCCUUCACCAGCUUGAUGUCACAGAUCUCCCCACCACUGUUGACUGGAGGGACAAGGGUUAUGUCACUGAUAUCAAGGAUCAGAAGCAGUGUGGCUCCUGCUGGGCCUUCAGUGCAACUGGCUCACUGGAGGGACAGAACUUCAGGAAGACAGGAAAGCUUGUGUCUCUGAGUGAGCAGCAGCUUGUUGACUGCUCUGGUGCCUAUGGCAACAUGGGCUGCAUGGGUGGCCUGAUGGACAACGCUUUCAGGUACAUCCAAGCCAACGGAGGGAUCGACACAGAGGAUUCCUAUCCCUAUGAAGCAGAGGAUGGACAGUGCCGAUACAACCCUGACAAUGUUGGUGCUAAGUGCACAGGCUAUGUUGAUGUGACAGAAGGUGAUGAAGAUGCCCUGAAGGAGGCUGUUGCCACUGUUGGACCAAUAUCUGUGGGCAUUGAUGCUUCUCAACCAUCCUUCCAGUUCUAUGACUCAGGAGUGUAUGAUGAGUCUGACUGCAGCAGUACUGAUUUGGAUCAUGGUGUACUGGCUGUGGGUUAUGGUACUGAGAAUGGGAAAGACUACUGGCUUGUGAAGAACAGCUGGGGUCUUGAAUGGGGAUUCAAGGGAUACAUCAAGAUGUCCAGGAACAAAAGUAACCAGUGUGGAAUUGCCACUGCAGCCAGUUACCCCCUGGUCUAAAAAGGUCCAGGACUUUCCUCAGUGAGGAGGAGAAUAGUGACAUAUAAUUCAUUGUAAUAAUUUUUUUUAAUAAAUAAAAAGCAUCUGAGUACUGUAAGAAAAUGUGGUUCUGCUCUUAUUUGAAGGUUAUUGGGCUACAUAAGGUCUCUUUACCUUUGUGCACUGUCAGUGUUGCAGUUUUUUAAUGAAGACUGUAAAUAAAUGUGAAGAAAUAAAAUUUUCCAUACUAAAAUAUAAAAUGAUAGAUAUGUGUUUGCUUGUUUUAGUGUUAUGUGGCUUAUAAACAAUACAAAAGGUUUUUAUUUGGUUUUAAAAAUGGUUUGUUUAUCGAUCCAUAGCCACAACACAGACUGAUAUAAUUCAGAGAUGUGUCAGAUUGUUCUGAAAGCAGUUACCAAACUGAUGUAUUAAGAAAUUAAGAAGGAGUAAUGCAAAAUA